CUUGGUGAAGACGAGUCCAUGCACUGAAGCGCAUCAAACACGGAUGCGGUGAGUGCCUGUCUGCUUUCCUCACCAAAGCCCAGCCUCAGCAAGCCCCUCGAUAUAGCCACCGGCAGGCGGCGAAAGGCACGCGUUUACACUGGCGAACGAGAGAUACAAGCCUCGUUACGAGGCGAAUACGUAGCGGCGACUAAGCUCAACUUUCAGUUACUCUCGGCAACACCGGAUCAGUUACUUUUUCUGAUUCGCCUUUCUGCCUCGAAGAUUGGUUGAAAAGCGUGCGAAUCCACAUUGCGAUUGGUGCAAAGUUGCUGGCACGCCAGCUGUUUGAACACGGCUUCGGAAGAAAAUUCGGAAAUUUCCUCCCACAUACAAAACACCAGUCAGAGCUCAGUACCACAACGCGACGACGAAUCCCGCCCUCUCCCUUCUCCCGAUGCUGGGCGCCUUUGCAGCGUGUGCGCCAUUCCCUCUUUUCCUGUCAAAGAGACCUUCUCCUCCGCUCUCUCACUCUCCGGCGUAGACAAGAAUGCAGUCGGCGGCGUACAUUGCGGCCAUCGCGGCCAUGUUUGCGGCUGUCAAGGCCGAGUCCGGCUCGGGCCAGCCUGGCUACUGCAAGGACGACAAGUCGUGCGAGGACAACUACGUGUGCAUCAGUGUGCAGACCACGCGCUCGGGCAUCGAGGACGUCAAGCAGUGCCUGCCGUACCAGCAGGAGGGCGAUGUGUGCUCCGGCACGUUCCCCGGACUGUGCCCGUCUUUCUCGACGUGGAAGACGGCCUUCCAGUCCAUUAGCAGCGUCUGCGCCUACCAGCUGCCUUCGGGCACGGACCAGUGCCUGAACGGCUCUUUCUCGGGCUCGGACACUGCCGGCUACGUGUCGUGCAUGGACAUCACUGAGGGCUCUGGCUCAACCGCCGAGACUGUGGGUGUGAUCUACGGCUGCGUCGACUUUGACGGCACCAACCUCCUGUUCGAGGAGGACUCGGACAACUGGGACCUGUCGGAGCAGAUGAACUACACGGCCGUCAUCAACGAAGGCUGCGUGAACCCUAAUAACGCCGAAGACUCGGACGUUGUGUGCUCGGGCCGCGGCACGUGCUCCCCUUCGUCGUCGGGCUCCAUGCAGUACAUGUGCGAGUGCAACGUCGGCUACAACGGCACGUAUUGCCAGAAGGUCGAGUCGAACAAGUGCACGCUCGAGUCCCAGUGCCAGGCCGGCACGUGCAACCUCACUACUCAGGAGUGCGAGUGUGACGAAGGCACCACUGGUGACCAGUGCGCCUACUGCGAUCCCACGUCGUCCAAGGCUUGCAACGGCCACGGUACGUGCGUUGCUGCUACCAGCUCGUCCGCUGGCUCUGCUACCACCUCUGGUUCCACCACGGGCUCGAUGACAACCGCCGGCACGGUGGACGCUGCUGGCUCGGACAGCUCGGCUGCUCGCUUCCUCAUGGAGACUGUGGGCAUGGCUUCGUCCUCGGGCAGUGGCAACGUGUGCGAAUGCGAAGACGGCUACGCUGGCGACCAGUGCACGCGUAAGGUGGACUCGAGCUCCAGCGGCACCGGCAAGAAGAAGAAAAGCAGCGACUCGUCCUCUAGCGACGCCUCCUCGGUGGCCACCUCGAUCGCCCUUGUGGCGUCGGCCUUCGUGGUUGCCCUCCUGAACUAGACGGCAUCUGCAAAAAGUUUGCUAGCAUCAGUGCGAGUUGAGUGUGUGUUUUGAGUAACGCUCAUCAUUUCUCACAAAUGCAUUUUUGCCUUUCCUUAUUAAACCUUUUGUUAACUCUCCACAU